AUGCGUUGUUGUGCACACAUAUUAGCUCUUAUAGUCAAGAAAGGAUUAAAAGGGAUCAAAGGAGCUAUCGAAUUGGUUCGUAAUAGUGUUGCUUACUGGAAAGCAACACCAAAACGAGUUGAGAAAAUUGAAGAGGCCGGCCGUCAACUAAAUAUUUCGAAUAUAAAUAAGUUAGUUCUUGAUUGUGAGACAAGAUGGAACUCAACAUACAUGAUUCCUAAUACUGCUAUAAAGUAUCAAAAGGUUUUUACUCGCCUAAAGCAACGUGAGCCGCAGUAUAAUUGUUUGUCAGAUGAAGAAGAUUGGUUGUUGGCAAAGGAGAUGUGCGACAAACUUAAGAUAUUUUAUACUUUCACAGAGAAGUUUUCCGGAGUAAAAUAUCCUACCACCAAUAUUUUCUUUCCAAGUCUUUGUGAUAUUAGAUUGUCAUUAAAUGAGUGGAAAAAAUCUAAAGUUGGUGUGAUUAAGGAAAUGGCAUAUGAAAUGAUAGAGAAGUUUGAAGAGUAUUGGUUUGCGAUCAAUGGAGUAAUAGCCGUAGCAAUUAUGCUAGAUCCAAGGUUUAAGAUGAAAUUGAUUGAUUUUUAUUUUCCACAAAUUUAUGGUGCAGCUUUCUCAAAAGUCGAAAUUGAUCGAGUACGCAAUUUAUGUGUAGAUUUGGCAACGGAGUAUGAACUAAAAGUAAAAUUUGCUGAAACAUCUGGUAACCAAAAUGAUAUGUCAUUCACUUCGGAGAUUCAUGGUUUUAACGAUGACGUAGAUCCUUUGGAAAAAUUUGAUAUGUUUGUCUCUAGUACUGCUCCAACUAGUACUGUCAAGUCAGAAUUAACCAGUUACUUAGAGGAAGAUCUUUUACCUAGGAUGGGUAACUUCGAUAUACUAGCAUGGUGGAAGACAAAUUGGAUCAAAUAUCCAGUCUUGCAGUGUAUGGCUAGAGAUAUUUUAGCGAUUCUGGUUUCAACUGUAGCUUCUGAAUCUGCUUUUAGUACUGGAAGUAGAUUCGUGAGUAUCCAACGUAAUAGACUUCAUCCAAAAACGUUGGAAUCUUUGAUGUGUGCUCAAGACUGGCUAUGGGAUAUGCUGAAUGGUAAUGGAAUUCUCUUUCUGUUGAUUUUCUUUUUUUACAUUUAA